GUUCAGUCACGUGGCCCGCCACCGGGGGGCGGAGUCGUAUAUCAGCGCUGGGCGGGCAGCGCUUCGGCCGCAUUCUCUGUCUUCGCCGUCGGAAGCAGACGGCUGAGCCUGGCCAUCAUGUCUUCUGAAGAAGGAAAACUCUUUGUUGGGGGCCUGAAUUUUGACACAGAUGAGCAGGGAUUGGAGCAGCACUUCAGUUCCUUCGGCCCCAUUUCUGAGGUGGUUGUGAUUAAGGACAAAGAGACCCAGAGAUCCAGGGGCUUUGGCUUCAUCACCUUUGCCAACCCUGAGCAUGCGUCGGCUGCCAUGAGGGCCAUGAAUGGAGAGUCUGUAGAUGGACGCCAGAUCAGAGUGGACCAUGCAGGGAAGUCGUCUCGGGGCACCCGGGGGGGCAUGUUCGGAGGCCGAGGGCGAGGUCGAGGCUACUCCAGAGGUGGUGGUGACCGAGGCUACGGUGGUCGUUACGACAACCGCAGUGGAGGCUAUGGUGGAUCCCGAGACUAUGGUGGCAGGAACCAGGGCGGCUACAAUGACCGCUACUCAGGCUCCUACAGGGACAACUAUGACAACUGAGCUCCCCCAUCCUUCCUGAGCCGACAUCGUUCUGCCACUGGCCGUGUUUUGUGGAGCUGCGCUGAGUCCAGUCCCCCCUUCCCAUUUGCCCCCUGACAGCCUCGGCCCUGAGACGAGCCCCAGCCGCACCGCCUGCAGCUGCCUGCCCGUCUCCGAGUUGGUUGAAAUGCUGCCUUUUUUAUUUUUGCGUCCUCUUUAACUUGUUUUGUUUUGGUUGGUUUUUUGUUUGUUUUUUUGUUGUUGUUGUUGUUGGUUCACUGGGGGUUUGCCCUGACUAUCAGUCUGUAUCAUCCCAUCCCACCCCACCACCACCAUGCCUCUGGCUCGGGUGCCCAUCCUGUUCCCCUGGGAAGUCUCUAGCCAUGGGGCACAGCUCUGUGGUCUUUCCCCUUAACCCUACCCCCAUCUUUUUGUGGGGGUGAGGGUUUUUUGUUUUGGGUUGUUUUGUUUUUGUUUUGUUUUUCUACUGCCUGAAUCCUGUACUUGGAGCUGCCUGUACUCCAGUGAGAUCUUACUAUUUUUUUUUCCUCUUCUUUUUCUUUUUGGUUUUUUUUUUGUUUGUUUUUUUUUUGUUUUGUUUUGGUUUUUUUUGGCUUCACGAAGCCUCAUUAAAAGACAGUCUGAAACGAA